CAGAUAGAUGCGAUAUGGACGACAAGUACAAUUUGCUUUGACAAACAACAUGAGUUUAUUUGUUGAUUUACGGCAGAUUAAAUCAUCAGUAACAAGUCUUUCAGAAAUGGUAGACAAAAUAUCGAGUUCGGUCUGUAAAGACACCCCAUAUCAUGGGCGAAAAAAAAGUGUAGACUCUGCACUCUUUGGAAACAUUUACAAGCCUGCUACUUUAGGCCUUGGAGUAAGAUUCUCACAAAGUCAAGAAGAUAUUUUGGAAAAUAUGCCAUCGUCUAGAUUAAGGAGCCAUAUGUCGCUCCCCAAUUUAGGGAAAUCGGAAAAUGUUGAUAAGUUAUCUAUGUCACAUGAAAAUAAAACGAAAAUUAUUGAAAUUGAUGAUAAUACAGAAAAGCAGACGCUGUGUAAUAUGACAUCAGAUCAAUUAAAUAAUUUAAUAAUUGCUUCUUUAAACAAUAGACCACAUUUUGAUGACAGUGGUGAAACGCAUCCUAUGGAUUUCUUAGAAAAUGUUAAAUAUUAUAUAUCUGAAUUGAAUAUGCCAGAGAAAAAGCAACUACCAUUUAUCAUAUCUUGCCUUAGUGGUGUUCCUCUUAUGUGGGUACGCUGUUUUAAAAAUGAAUUUAAUAAUAUCGAUACAUUUUAUUCUUCCUUUGAAGAAGAAUUUUGGGGUUCCGAAAGACAAAAGACAGUCUUGUACGACAUGAAGUUGGGAAAAUAUAAUGAAAACGAUUCACGUCUUACUAUGUCUGAAUACUUUUUAUCAAAAGUAACUAAUUACAAACAUUUGAAUCCUCCGCCAUCAGAUCUGGAAAUAAUAUAUUCUCUAGCUGCUCAUUUUCCAUCAGCCGUAGAAUUGGAAUUACGUUUAGCGCCAAAACCAACACUACGAGAAGCAUACAGCCUGCUUCGACGAAGAGAAGGCGAAGGCAAUGACUUUCUACCAAAUUACUUGUAUGAGAUGUGUGAAGCAUUUCAGCGAGGAUUGCCACCGCAAUCAGCUCGUCGAAAUGAUUUUAUAACUCAACCGUCUGGCGAAGAAACGAAAAGGACAAAAUAGUUUUCUAAAAGAAAAAAAAUACUUAUUUAAUUUUGAACACAUAUUUUAAUUUAGGAUGUACCGAAUUCGAAUAAAAAAUAUUUAUUGCAGAAA